AUGUUUGCUUGUGGAAUCUGUAUAGGGUCAGUUAUGGAUCGAUCUUUGGGCAGUUCUGGAGCAGUCACUGAGGACGUUGCUAAGCUUCAACAAAGCAACAGAGAAUUGGAGGAAUUGGUGAAUCGAGGUAAACAGGAAGGUAUUAAGCUGCUGGAGGACCUUAGAAAUUUAAGGGAGACGAGAGAGCAGAUGCUAACUACUAUUGAGACACUGGAAGCAGAGAGGGAAUCUAAUGAACUGGAACUAAGGGAGUUGAAAAAUGAAAUGGUGAAAUCAGGAUCCAUGAUAGAGUGUAUGGAGCAAAACAAAACAAAAGAAAAAAAUAGAGUUUUGAUAUUGGGAGAUAGUAUAGGUGGUCAUUUUAGGGACAUUCUGGAUGAAUAUGUAAGCAAUAGUUUUGUAGUCAGAUCAUAG